GUGUAUAGAGCGUAACUCACAACCGGUUGUCAAACGCGAUGUGGCACAGCUGUAGUUGUGGCGGAUUGUUUCGCGAAGAAUACUGCGAAUAAUUGAUAAGGACAUAAAAACAUAAUUAACCGUCAUUACGUUAAGUGUGUUUGAACACGUUCGAAUCUGGUUUUUUUUGGAAUUCGUACGUCGGUACCUCGGAUGAAAAGAUAAUAGAGAUAAGUCUGAGUCCAAAUAAAAUAAUAAUAAUAAGAAGAAGAACAAAGUAAAAUAAUGUCAUCGACAUAUCUGACAGGAGGCAGAUUAAAUGUUGGACUUAUACAAGAACAAGCGAGGAAGCGCUUGCUUUGUCUGCUGGAGAAAUGCGAUGGCUCGAAAGCUAUUAUAUGGGAUCAAUCAUUGGCUGGGCCAAUUGGUCUUGUGGCAAAAUAUAAUUUGUUAGAAGAAUAUGGUGUUAUUAAAAUGUAUCCAUUGUAUGGUGGAACUUUGACGAUACCAUCCAACAUUGCUAACAUUAUAUUUAUUUCAAGACCACAGUUAGAACUCAUGGAUUUAAUAGCAGAGAAUAUUCGUGGGGAAGAAGAUAAAAAGCCACGUAAAGAAUUUCACUUAUUCUUUGUGCCACGGAAAAGUCUACUUUGUCAAAAGAAGCUUCAGAAUCGUGGCGUAUUUGGGAAUUUUACGUUAAUAGAAGAAUUUAAAUGUGAUCUUUUCCCAUUCGACAAUGAUUUACUAUCAAUGGAACUGAGCAAUUCUUUCAAAGAAUUUUACUUGGAAAAUGAUCCUACUUGUCUGUAUCAGGUUGCGCAAGCCAUACAAGGUUUGCAAAAGUUGUAUGGGAAAAUUUUGAAAGUCACAGGAAGAGGGCCAGCUGCUAGCAAAGUUUGGGAAUUAUUAGAAAGGUUAAAUAGAGAAGAAGAAGACAAUAAGACCAUUUCCUCCUCUGUUGCCAUUGAACAUUUGUUACUAUUGGAUAGAUCUGUGGAUUUACUUUCACCUUUAGUCACACAGUUGACAUAUGAAGGUUUGAUCGAUGAAAUAUUUGGAAUAAAAUACAAUACCGUGCAAUUGCCUGCGAAAAAGUUUCACGAUUCCGAUGAUUCUCCCACAGCGAUGUCGCUAAAUGAAAAAGAACAAAUCAUAUUGAAUUCGGGGGAAGAACUUUUCGCUGAGAUCAGAGAUAAAAAUUUCAAUGGUGUCGGACCAGUCCUUAAUAGGAAAGCCAAAGUGAUUUCAUCUCAAUUUGACGAAAAACACGGUGACAAGAGUGUGCAAGAAAUCAAACAAUUUGUUGCAAGGCUACCGCAUAUGCUAGCCACCAAACAAUCCUUGGCAAGGCAUACUAUAAUCGCUGAAAUGAUAAAGGAAGUUACUGAUUCAAGCAGCUUUUUGGAAUCGUUGCAAGUCGAACAGGAACUGUUGAAUUGCAUCGACACGGACAAACCGAACGCUUACAUCGAGGACAUGAUAGCGCAGCAACAGCCAUUACUUAAAGUUUUGCGUCUUCUCUGUAUACAGUCAUUGACGAAUUCUGGUUUAAAGCCAAAGCUGCUCGACUAUUACAAGAGAGAGAUAAUACAUACUUAUGGGUUCCAACAUCUGCCGACUAUAUUAAAUUUAGAAAAAGCCGGAUUGCUGAAGCAGCAACAGUCGGUACGACAAUACGCAGUCUUGAGGAAGGCAUUGAGACUCACGGUCGAGGAUGAAAGUGAAAUCGCACCAAAAGAUAUCAGUUAUGUACAUUCUAUAUAUGCACCACUGAGUGUGAGAUUGGCCGAGCAAUUGGUACAACCAAUUGGGUGGCAAGGAUUAAAUGAUGUGAUGGGGUUACUGCCAGGUCCUACUGUAAGCAGUGUUCCAUACAAUGCGCAGUCUUCGUUAGCGAAGCGAAACUCUAUCACCAGCGAAGACUCCAGUUCUGAACCAGCGAAACUGAUUAUGGUUUUUUUCAUUGGAGGAUGUACUUUCGCAGAAAUAUCGGCUCUUCGAUUUCUAUCGCAACAGGAAGAUUUGAAUGUUGAAUUUGUCGUGGGAACCACCAGAUUGAUCAACGGAGACACGUUUCUUACUUCUUUAAUGGAAGAUCUAGAGCAGACGUGAUGAAAAAACAUUUUUAGUUUUCUUUUUAGUUUUUUUUCUAGAUACAUCACAAUAUUAAACACAUAAUUUUUAUUAUUAGAAUAAAGCGAGGAUAAAAGCCUUCACACAAAUCGUCAAUUCACAAAUUGACACAACAGUAACGUAAGAAUUGAUCAAUCACGCUGAGAAUCGUCGAAUCGUAAGUAGUCAUUUUUAUAAACAUUUGAUCGUAAUUGAUCAAUUCUUAUGAUAUGUUUUACGUUAUAUUGUUAGGUCAAUUUGUGUAUGAAGGCUCUAGAGCGAGACUUCUAUUUGACAGUAUAUAAAGGAACAAUUUACAACUUUUUGCUUCACUCGUGAAAUGCGCGAGCAGUCAUAUUACGCAUAAUAUAUUAUAACACGAGAUUUAUAUACUUAUCUAGAUUAUUUGCUAGAUACGUCGUAUUUUUUAAGAUGUAUAAGAUUUGUAGAUAUGUGCUUGCUUCUGCAACGAAUUAUACUGUAUAUUAAGCUGUAUAUGACAUCCCUGAUGGAAAUAUAUUACUGAAAAUUUCUUUGAAA